AUGAAACAUGGAAAUAUUAAUCCCAUCUGUUUACUAUCUGGUACUUUUCCUCAACCAGCAGACAAUAUUAGUAUGAUCGCUGUAGGUUGGGGUACAAGAUCAAUGUCGUCAAUGAUACCUUCUUCAAUUCUUCAGCAAAUUACAGUGAAAUCCGUACCAAGUACAUAUAGUGGAUGGCAAAAAUUUGUUUCUGAUAGUAGACUACAAUUUUGUGCUGGAAUAAUAACUGGUGGCAAAGAUACUUGUCAAGGUGAUAGUGGCGGACCAUUAAUGGCAUUUGUUAAUAAGGCUUGGCAACCUCAUGGUAUCACAUCCAAUGGAAAUGGAUGUGCAUUGUCUAGCAAUCCAGGAAUCUACACUCGAGUUAGUUAUUACAUAAAAUGGAUUGCAUCUAUCGUGUCAUCCAACGAGAUUACGACAACUACGAUUAUUUCAAUAAUGAGAUCAACGGCAAAUAUGACUACGGCAAAAAGAAACAAUAAUAAGAACUACGACUUGCAUGAGCAAACAUGA